AUGGAUACAUCGCCGCCUGAAGAACAGUCCGACCGUCAGAACACACCCGAACCUUCUCCUCCUAUUAAUACCUCCAAGCUUCUCAAGCGGGGUCGACCUAGGAUAGAUCGUGCUGGAGAAACAGCGGGUGAGAGACGAAAAGAACAGAUACGACUUGCACAGCGAGCCUACCGAUUUCGCAAGGAUCUCAGAAUUACGGAACUAGACCAGAAAGUUGCCGAGCUUGAACAGACCAUCGUCGCAAUCCGCGACCUCUAUCUCAGCGUGCACACUUCAGUCGGUGACUCUGGAAUUACCAUGUCCCAUCCGUUUCUCGCGCAGUCGAUGCAAACGAAUCUUCAACUGUUGCUCUCUCUCACUCAGUCAGUUUCGUCGAGACGUGCUGAAGGUCAUCCUUCGUCCACAUAUCAUGGCACAGAGCCUUCAUGGGAUGAACACUUUCUCGGGCACAAACCACCGCUACUGUCGCCUGCCUUGUCGAGCCAGUACCCAACAUCGGAUUCUGAAUCACUGGGACUUCCUUUUGACAGCACUUCCACAAGUCCGGGAGUGCGCUCGGGACAUUCGCCGGACCAAUUCGCCGUAGAUCCGUUUCUGCUCUGCGAUAAAUACUUCUGGGAGCAGCCCAGCAUGGGCAUGAAUAACGACGAGAUAUCACUUGGUCAUUUGACUUUACAUGAAAUCUCUUCGACUCACUCUUGA